AUGGGUAAAGAGGAAGCCCCGCCCCCCACCAUCAUCCCUUCCGAGCUCAGCGCCUCGCCCGAUUCGCCCCUCAGCUCGCUCGCCGUUCAGCUCGACGUCGAUGAGCUGUCGAAAGCAUAUGAUGCGUCGCACCUCGACCGCGUGCACCAGAGCUGGCGUGCUUCGUGUUACCUCGCGACAGCGCAGAUCUUUUUGACCGGAAACGCCACGAUGGAAGAGAAGCUGACCAGGAAACACAUCAAACCUCGUCUCCUCGGCGUAAGUUACAAGCCCGAGCUGAUUGCGCCGGCUAGAUCGGGCAGCGGGCUUGACAGUCUUUAUCGACGUGGAGGCGACUGUCACACUACCGGGAAGAGUUUUCGGUCGAGUGACUUUGUGGUGGCUCCAUAGCUUGUCGACGUGCGAAAGCUGUGUCAAUCACCGACUGUCGCGGUCACGAUCAUGCCAUCGCAUCGUAUCGCACCCCAAGGCGUCGCCUCGGUGCCCAAUCGCGUGCGCAGACCGAGUGCGGCGAUGACGCGUUGGGCUCGAAGGUCCACAUGGGGCCCCGCAUGUUGAACCCGACGCGAUCCGCCACGACGGUGCCCACUUUACCCGCCCCCGAAUCAGCCGUGCCCACUUUAUCCGUCACCGAACAAACGGUGGCCCGUUUACCCCGUCACCGAACCAAGAGCUGACGUCGACAUUCAAACCCCUUCCUUGAUACCAAACAGCACUAUGGUACGACCGGCGGUCUCGCGUUCGCCUACUCGCACACCCAAGCUCUCAUCCGUCGUCGCGGCGAACAAGAAGCCGGGAAUGAGCCCAGCUUUUUGUUCAUCACCGGCCCGGGCCAUGGAGCGCCUGCGAUCCUCUCCGAGCUCUACAUCGAGGGUGCCAUCUCCAAGUUCUACCCCGAGUACGCCAUGGACAAGCAAGGCCUCAACAAGUUCGUCAAGAGCUUCUCUUGGCCGGGAGGAUUCCCUUCCCACGUCAACGCUGAGACGCCAGGAUGCAUUCACGAAGGUGGAGAGCUUGGUGCGUUCAAGAGAUUUAUAGCCCAAAAUGUAGCGAUCUUCUCUGACCGCGUUUUUGCCUCGUCUUGCAACCGCAGGCUAUGCCCUAGCCGUCGCUUACGGCAGCGUCUUUGACAAGCCUGACCUCAUUUCGGUCGUCGUCGUCGGGGACGGAGAGAGCGAGACGGGUCCAACGGCGACUGCCUGGCACUCGCACAAGUGGCUCAACCCCGCGACUUCAGGCGCCGUCUUGCCGGUGCUGCACGUCAACGGCUUCAAAAUCUCGGAGCGCACGCUUCCCGGAACCAUGGACGCGACCGAAUUAGCUUUGCUAUAUACGGGCUAUGGCUAUCAAGUCCGCUUCGUCGAGUAUGAGCCAGAGGGAGAGCCCACCAUGGGAGGAAACGACCCAGCGGACAUUAAGCUCAACCGCAACAUGGCAGUUUCGAUCGAUUGGGCGUACAGCGAAAUCCGUCGAAUUCAGAAGGCUGCGCGAUCGGGCCAGCCCCUGCAAAAGCCUCGCUGGCCAUUGCUGAUCUUGCGUUCGCCCAAAGGUGAGAGCGGCGUGUCCAGGUCUAAAGAUACACGAGACGCAUAACAAGCUGACUCUUGGGUUCUUUCUCCUUUAUCUAGGAUGGACGGGGCCUUUGACCGACGGCAAAGGCAAGCAGCUGCUCAACUCGUUCGCCUCGCAUCAGGUCCCUCUCCCGGCCGCUGGGAAGGACGACGAACAGUUGGAUCAUCUCGAGAGAUGGCUCAGAUCGUACGAGCCAGAGAAGAUCUUCCAGCCGGAGCACAAGCUUUCGCAAGGCACCUCUAUCCUCAAUCAAGACUACGACUCUGUCCUUCCCAAACAACGAGAGCGUCGACUUGGUUUUGUCCCUGAGGCCUAUCAGGGUUACAAGGCGCUCGAUCUGGGCGACUGGAAAACGAUGACGUACGAGAAGGGCGCAGAGGAGAUCUCGUGCAUGAAGGCGAUCGGGAAAUUCCUCGCCGACACCAUCAAGCGCAACCCGCGCAAGUUCCGCAUCUUCUCUCCCGACGAGCUCGCAUCGAACAAGCUCGACGGCGUAUUUGAAGUCACCAGUCGCGCCUUCCAGUGGGAUCCCGAGACGGCGGACAAGGAGAAUGCGGCAGUGAUGGAGAUGCUGUCGGAACACACCUUGCAAGGCUGGCUUCAAGGCUACACUCUCACUGGCCGUGCAGGUGUCUUCCCUUCGUACGAGGCAUUUUUGGGCAUCAUUGCGACUAUGAUGAUCCAAUACGCCAAAUUCACCAAAAGUGAGUACCGCGCUCGGCCCUGUGUUCUCGGACCGCGCACCUCGAAUCGAACACGAGGUUGACUAUCUUGGUGAACAUUCACUGAUGCUUUCUAUCCUUUUCCUCGGCGUGGCAUUUCUUCUCUAACAGUGGCUCUUGAAACUCCCUGGCGUGGCCCGAUGGCGAGUUUGACCUACAUCGAGACCAGCACAUGGACACGCCAGGAGCACAAUGGGUACUCGCAUCAGCAAGUGGGCUUCAUUUCUUCCGUGCUCUCGUUGCCUGUUCACCUCGCUCGCGUCUACCUUCCAGCGGACGCCAACACCUCCGUCUCCGUCAUCUCGCACUGCCUCAAGUCGAAGAACUACAUCAACCUGAUCAUCGGCACCAAAGCACCCUCUCCCGUUUUCCUGACUCCGGACGAGGCCGAGGAACACUGCAUCGCAGGUGCCAGCGUGUGGAAGUCUUACUCCACAGAUGAAGGUGAGUCAUAAGCAGCCUCAAGCCUUUCUAGAACUUCACCAAAUCUAAUUGAUGUCGUGCUAGGUGUCAACCCGGACGUUGUGCUCGUCGGCAUCGGUUUCGAGCUCACCGCCGAGGUUAUCGCCGCUGCGGCUCGCUUGCGCAAAGACUUCGGUGACAACCUCCGAGUCCGUGUGGUCAACGUCGUUGACUUGCUUGUGCUCGCGCCCGUCGGCGAACACCCGCAUGCGUUGAGCGAGGCCGGUUUCAACUCGUUGUUCCCGCCCAACACUCCUGUAGUGAUCAACUGGCACGGCCACCCUGCUCAGAUCGCAUCCUUGCUGUUCAAUCGCCCUCACUCUGUCGGCCGCACCCGAUUCCACAUCAACGGCUACAUCGAACAAGGAUCAACGACGACUCCCUACCUUAUGCUCAAGGUCAACAAGUGCGAUCGUUACACGGUGGCUACGAACGCGCUCGAUAUGGUCGCGCUUAACUUUUCAAAGUAUCCCAACCACUUUGCGCCGCCCGAGAAGCAUGAACGUGUUGGCAGGGUCGUCGCCCAGGUUCAACAAAGGAUCGCCAUCUACGCUUCCAAGAACCGAGAGUUCGAGAAGUAUGCUCAGUGAGUUUGAUUAUUUUCCUCAUCACGGAAGAGCCGUGCCUGAAGUGAACUGACUGGCCCCUAUCCUACUCGGCGCGUUUCGCUUCUGUAGAGAGACACAGCAAGAUCACCCCGAGAUUGGUGCCACCGCGACCCUUGCCGAAGGCUAA